UUAUGAAAAAACGACAACUUUAUACAUUCAAUGUGGAUUUUUACAUUUAAAAAACUUUACUCCAAUAAAUUGGUGCAUCAGUUGUACUGGAAAUCAUUGUCAGCAGCUAGUAAUAACCGCAUUUCAAGAGAUAGUGUGUUGAACGUUGCUUACCCUAUAAAAGUCACAUUAAAGAUGAAUGACGAAGAAGAAAAAAAGGAACUGAACCCUAGUGACGGUAAAGGUAAUACUCCCCCAGCAAGUGGAAGUCAUCUAAUCACUGAGAAGAUAGAACAGAUUAGAAAUUUUCUUUCGGAAAAGUUACAUUUAUACUCAGAGCCGGACGGUGAGUUUGUCCUAGAAAGUGUUGAUAUUCACGGGGUGCUGAAGCACUGGAAGAAGGGAGGAUUUAAAAAAAUAGUCACAAUGGUUGGAGCAGGUAUUUCUACUUCGGCAGGCAUCAAAGAUUUUCGUUCUCCCGAUGGAUUGUACAACACCCUUAAAUUUAAUUUGCCUUAUCCUGAAGCCAUUUUUGACUUGAGCUAUUUUAUGGAAAAUCCUAAACCUUUUUUUCAAUUAGCUAAAGAACUAUAUCCUGGUACUUUUAAACCGACACCAACACAUUAUUUCAUCAAACUAUUACACGACAAAGGGUUUUUAGUUCGUCAUUAUACACAAAAUAUUGACACCUUAGAUAGACUAGUUGGUCUUCCAGAAGACAAAAUUGUAGAAGCUCACGGGACCUUUUACACGAAUCAUUGUCUUGAAUGCCAAAAAGAAUACAGCAUGGAAUGGGUAAAAACUAAAAUAUUUGACGACCAAGUUCCAAGAUGCUUGGAGUGUGAUGGUGUUGUAAAGCCAGAUAUUGUGUUCUUCGGGGAAAAUUUGCCGGAGAAAUUUCACACUCUUCCAGAUCAAGACUUUAAAGAAUGUCAAUUAUUACUAGUUAUGGGUACCUCUUUGACUGUUCAGCCAUUUGCCGGCCUUGUCGACUACGCACCAGAUGAUUGUGUCAGAUUGCUAAUUAACAGAGAAAAGGUUGGUGGAGGAACAGGUUUCUUCAGGUUAAAGGCAUUUGGAGAAGGUCUAUGUUUCGAUUUACCAGGUAAUCGAAGAGAUGUGGCUUUUGAAGGAGAUUGUGAUGAAUGUUGUAAAUACAUAGCAGAAAAGUUGGGAUUCUUGGAUGAACUGGAAGCAUUGAUUAACAGUAAUCAGGAAGGUACUUCCAAUGCAAUCGACAUAAAAAAAGACGAAGUUGCACCAAAAAAAGCUGCUACAAAUGAGGAGUGUAAACCAGUUUAAGAAAGGUACAUGGACAUGGAUACUUUGUUUUAUGCUUCAAGAGUUAAAAAAAAUAUGCGAAAAAAUUAUUUAAGCUUUUUUAAAAUGGAACACAUUAAAAUGUUCAGUUAAAUGUGUUUCGAAAUGUUUAUU